AUGAACAACAACAGGUCUUUCAGUACUACUACCACCAUCAGUGAAGACUACAUGUUAUUCACUUAUAAUGACCAUUAUUCCUCACAGCCACUACUCCCUUUUAGCCCUUGUUCUUCCAUUAACGAUAUCUUCAUUCACUCCAACUCCAACACAUCAGACAAUCAUCUUGACCAUCAUCAUCAUCAUAAUCAAUUCUUACAAGCACCUUCUCUUUUUUCUCAAUUCGAAUUCGUAUCCGAUUUGGCCCUCCCCUCCUCUUUCCACCCACAUGACAAUGCCCAUUAUGAUAACCAAACCAUCACCACCAAUGACCAUCAUCAUCAUCCAUCAUUUCUUCCCUUGAACAACCCUAUUGGAGAAUCUCUCGUUGAGCCCUCGGAAACCAUAACCACCCACAUAGAAGAUUCCCAGAGAGCCUCAACUUCUCAAGACCCAAAAAUGAAUAAAGUCAAACGACCAUGUAGAACGGACCGGCACAGCAAGAUCAAAACUGCGAAAGGGACAAGAGAUCGUAGGAUGAGACUCUCGCUAGAUGUCGCCAGAGAAUUGUUCGGCUUACAAGACAUGCUUGGAUUCGACAAAGCCAGCAAAACCGUUGAAUGGUUGCUCACACAAGCCAAGCCCGAGAUCAUAAAGAUCAUGAGCAGCCUUUCUAACCAGUUUAACCAUGGCGCCGAGGAGUAUCAAACCCGACCGGUGUUAGGAUCAAUGCACACGUCGUCUGAUCUAUGCAAAUUUGCAUCCAUAGUCGAGGAUAGAGGCAGUAAUACCAGCUCGAGCGAAACAAGAGAAAAUAAGGUGGAUAAUGGGAGAUCGAUGAGGGGGAAGAGAAAGAUGUUGCAUCCGCGAACACCCAUUUUGAAGAAGUUGUCUAAGGAAGAGAGAGUGAAAGCAAGAGAGAGAGCAAAAGAUAGAACAAAGGAGAAGAUGAUGAAGAGAAGAUCACAAGUAAAUGUUUUCGACGAAGAAGCUCAUAAUAAUCAUCACGAUGAGAUAGUAAAGAAUAAUAAAAGCUAUGUGUAUUGCAAUUCUUUUGAGGCAACGCCCUGCCAAGAAGAGAUCCAAGAGCUUCUUUGCAAGAACGAUGGUUUGGAAGUUUGCAAUGGAUUUGUGGUGGAUAAAAAAGGUCACAUGUCGGAGUCUUAUGAUAUGAUCAACAAAAUGAAUUCAUCAUUUCCAGUGCUUAAUCACCAUCGCAGCCAAGGGGCAGCUAGUUCCAUAGAGCAGCAGCUGUUUACGGAUCUUCAUCACUUCAUGGGGAAACCAAGAGACCUCAUGUACCACUACCAUAAUAUGUGCUGA